GCUUGUGCCACUCAACAACUCGGCAACGACGCAGUCUUUCGUGAUCUUUGGCCUCUGCCGCAUCCAGCCCAUCCAUCCGCACCACCCGUGGAUGAAGAAAUGGGACAUGAUCUCCGUCGCCUUGCUCUUCUAUACUGCGAUUGUGACGCCGUACGAGACGGCCUUUCCAGACUCUUCCUUCUCCGAUGCCAUGUUUGUGCUGAAUCGGCUCGUUGACCUGUGCUUUCUGUUUGACAUGCUCCUGCGCUUCUUCCUCAUGUACCGAGACGAGUGGUCCAACAUCUGGAUCGCACAGCCCACACAGAUCGUCCGGCACUACAUCAAAGGCUGGUUCGCUGUCGACCUCGUUUCGGUGAUACCGUUUGAUUUGAUCAACUUUUUUGCGGGGUCGUCGGCCGUGCAGCAGCUGCGACUCAUGCGCGUGCUGCGACUGCUCCGCCUCAUGAAGAUCAUCCGAGUCAUCCAAGGCAGCGACAUGUUCACACGUUGGGAGGCCAAAAUGAGCAUGAACUACGCAACGCUGGCGCUCACCAAAUUUGCGUUCAUCGCGCUCAUGAUUUCCCACUGGAUCGCGUGCAUCUUCCGCUUCGUUGUCGACAUCGAGUACUACGUCGACAGUUCUGGCAACGUCUACAACUGGCUCACGAUGCACAGUAUGGGCUCGACGCCGCUAUCCGAGAUGCCGCCAUCGACACAGUACAUUUCCGCGCUCUACUGGUCCGUCAUGACUCUGACGACGAUCGGGUACGGCGAUCUCGUGCCUUCGACGCUCGCCGAGCGGGCGCUCUCGAUCGCCUGCAUGCUCCUCGGGGCUGGCACAUACGCCUACGUUGUUGGCGGCGUCUGCCAAAUUCUAAACUCGAUGGACGCGUCGACGACCGAGUUUCACCAGACCCUCGACACGCUCAACGAGUACGCGACGCAGAACCAGCUGCCCGCCGAGCUCACGUCGCGCCUUCGCGAGUACUUUCACUCGUCGCGAGCGCUGCUGCGCGACAAGCAAAACCUCGAUUUGCUCCUCACCAUGUCUCCGGGCCUUCGCGGUGAAGUCUCAGUCUUCAACAACAAGUGGAUCGCGGACAUUUCUUUCUUCCACUGCAACGACGUCCUUGAGCGCGCCCAGUUUGUCACGGCUCUGGCGCUGGUGCUUCGACCCGAGUGCUUUCCCCCCUCUGAGUUUGUGAUUCGCGAAGGCGAACUCAAUACGAAAAUGUACCUCGUCCAGCGCGGCAUCGCCACCAAAGACAAAGUAGUUUACGCUGGUGGCACCUACUUCGGCGAGGACAUUAUUCUCCACCUCCGGCAGCGAAAAAUUCCAGUCCGCGCCUUUUCUUACCUCCACGUGCAAGUACUCUCCAAGUUUGACCUUGAAGAUAUCAUGGCCACGGGCUUGUACCCGCAAGUGCACCGCAGCAUUCGGCGCCAAGUCGUAAAGAUUGUCUUUCGAAACCAGUUUGUGCACACGGCGACGCGCCUCCACAAGGCCCGCUCGUCAAUCGUGGACCUGCCGUCCGCGGCUGCAGAAAUGAUUUCUUGUCGUCGACGCUCUUCUGUCUUUCAGCCGCAGGUCAACGAAGAAGGGACUGGUAUCGCUGCUGCGUCGUCCGCUGUGCUAGCGGAUCGCGUUGUCGAAGGCGUUUCGUCCUCCGUCUCUGGUGCCGUUGCGUUUCAAGACGACGAGCUCGCCGCCAGUCUAGUGUCGCGCUUGGACGAGGUUGUCUUGCGCCUCUCACGCCUCGAAAAGUACCUUUUGCCCAACGUCUCGUUUGACCCGCCGCCUCCCAGUCGUCGACGAGAAUCUAUGGCGUCGCGCAGCAGCUCUCGCCGUGGCAGCAUCAACGGCGCCAUCAUCGGGGUAGGCGACAACAAUGACCCAUGGCACACGUCGAUACAGUUGGCGCGCCGAACCAGUGACGUCCACAAGCCCGACCUCAACAAGUCGGGCUCUACCAAGAAGCACCGGCAUCGCACGUCAGCUGUGUAACCCGACUUAUUUAACACUCGUCGAGUGGAUGUGGU